AUGGCUCCCGUGCUCCUGACAGCCAGGACCCGCCAGGAAAUGGUGACAUUCAAGGAUGUGGCAGUGGACUUCUCCUGGGAGGAAUGGGGGCACCUGAGCCCACCUCAGAAGGAACUUUACCGGGAGGUGAUGCUGGAGAACUACAGGAACCUGGUCUGCCUGGGACUUGAGGAUUCAAAACCACAUGUGAUUGAACAGCUGGAGCAGCAGGGAGCACCUGGGAUGCAAGAAGGCUCUGUCCUAGCAAGCACCUGUCCAGAGAAACCUUAUAAAUGUAAUGAAUGUGGAAUGUCUUUCCUCAGUAGCCUACAACUAAUUGAACAUUGGAGCAUUCAUAUGGGAGAGAAAUCUUAUCAAUGUAAUGAAUGCGAAAAGGUAUUUUGCUGGAGCUCAGGACUUAUUGAACAUCAGAGAAUUCAUACUGGAGAAAAACCUUAUGAAUGUAAUGAAUGUGGGAAGACUUUCAGUCAUAGGUCAUCCCUUACUUCCCAUCACAGGAUUCAUAGUGGGCAAAAAACUUAUGAAUGUAAUGAAUGUGGCAAGGCCUUCUACUGGACCUCAGAACUUAUAAAACAUCAGAGAAUUCAUACUGGAGAGAAACCUUAUGAAUGUAAUGAAUGUGGUAAAGCCUUCCACCAGAGCAUACACCUUAUUCAGCAUCAAAGAACUCAUACUGGAGAGAAACCUUAUGAAUGUAGUGAAUGCGGGAAGACCUUUGGCCGAAUUGCACUCCUUACUGAACAUAAGAGAAUUCAUACAGGAGAGAAACCUUAUGAAUGUAAUGAAUGUGGGAUGGCCUUCCGGUGGAAUUCAGGACUAACUGAACAUCAGAGAAUUCAUAGUGGAGAGAAACCUUAUGAAUGUAAUCAGUGUGGAAAGACUUUCAGUCGUAGGUCAUCACUUACUUCCCAUCACAGAAUUCAUAGUGGGAAGAAACCUUAUGAAUGUAAUAAAUGUGGCAAGGCCUUCUAUUGGAUGUCAAAACUUACUAAACAUCAGAGAAUUCACACAGGAGAAAAGCCUUAUGUGUGCAAUGAAUGUGGGAAGACCUUUAACCGAAACACACAUCUUACUCAACAUCAGGGAAUUCAUACUGGUGAAAAACCUUUUGAAUGCAGUGAAUGUGGGAAGGCUUUCAAUCGCAGCAUACAUUUUACUCAACAUCAGAGAAUUCAUACUGGAGAAAAACCUUAUGAAUGUAAUGAGUGUGGAAAAGCUUUCUGCCAGAGCUCUGGACUUACUAGACAUCAGAAAAUUCAUACUAGAGAGAAAUAUUAG